AUGCACCCGCUACCUCGGCAAGCCUCUCUGUCUCUGCUCUCUUACUCUACUCCUACGCCCUUCUCGCUUGGCCUCCGAAGAGGUCUGGGAGGUCUGGGAUCUCCGGGAGUCUGGCUCCAAGGUCUCACUCGGCUUCUUUCAACCGUCGUCGGCCCCAUGCUUGCAGCACCGGUCGAGGGCCCUGCGACGGCCCUGCGACGGCCCUGCGACGGCGCGCGUUCCGCUCGGUACAACAGCCGCCGCCUCGCUCCUCAGCCUCGUCGCUGCUCGUCGCCGUUCCUUCCCUCGCCCGCUGGCUGGCCGCAUUGUCGCCGCACGCCUGCCAAGCCCGAUCGAACGGCCGCUCAGCCUGUCUCUCUGUGCCGGCCAUCGUGCUUCAUGCGCAACCCUAUCUCGCCGAACCCUCAUCGCUUUCGCCUUGGCCGCUGCCAUGCCGCCUCGGAGCCUUCUUCCAAGCGGACCUUCAAGCUCCCCCAUCGAACACCCUUCCUCCCACCUGUGCUCGACCAACAUUCGUGGCCGUUCGCAGCUUCCAUCCUGGCCCCUACGAUCAUCUUCCGACCUCGUCACAUACACCUGCUCUCGUCGAUCCCGCCACAUCUACGCAUCUUCUCUUCCUGCCAAAGUCUGGUCGUCCCAGGUGACCAUUCGGCUUCCACAUCGCACGGUUCGCUCGACCUGCGUGCAGCACAUCGCCCUGCUUGCAUCCCAGCCAAAGAGUGUGGAAGUUACGUGCCCAUCGCGCAAUAG